AUGUCUUGCACCUCUCCAGAUCCACCAGACUACUGCUCAGCCGAAUCGCCUGAGCUCAAGCUGUACCAGGCCUUCAUCUUCUCCGUGCCUGUCUUCUUUACAUUUGUCUUGCUUCUCUUCUUCUACCUCUUCUACCUGAGGCGGAGCAGGGCCAAUUGGCAGUCCUUGCGGAUGAGGACAAAUAAUUUGAUACGAGGAGAUAAUACCAGACUGGAGUGUGGUUUAAAGAAGGCGAUGCGGGAAAUGUUGCCAGUGGUUAUCUUCAAAGAGAGUUUCUUGAUCAAGGAGACACAGUGCUCUGUCUGCCUAGCAGACUAUCAACCGGAUGAGCGGCUUCAGAAGAUACCUCCUUGUGGACAUACCUUCCAUAUCAACUGCAUCGACCACUGGCUCUCUGCAAACACCACCUGCCCCCUUUGUCGAGUCUCGCUCCUUCCAGCCCCCAAAGCAACCAGCAUUGACCUGGAUUUGGAAGCACAAACUGCUGUAGAGGAGUCUCUGAAUGUACAUCGUCACCAGGAGGGACUUGUUGACGGCAACACACCACAGGAAGGUCAGGCAGUCGAAGGUGAUGGAGUCAGUAGCGUUCAGGCUGAAGAGCCACACAGUGAUGUGGCCGAGCCAUUGACGGUUACGGUGGUCGCUGAGCCUCAAGCUGACGCUGAAGGUUCACCAAGUACAACCUGCCAAACUGUUAAAGGGAAGACAUAA